GCUGCAUUCAGUGGCUGGAAUUCCCUGAAACAGGAUAAUAUUUAUAAAUGCAGUAGAAUUUGCCUUUACAGCAAAAUGAAUCUUUUCUGUUUUUCACUGGAGGGCUCUAUGGACAGCUUAUAUGAACCAGUUAAAGAAAAUCAAGACCCACAUGAAAGGAUUUGCCUGACCAGCAGGGCUAACACCCCAGUAAGUGUCUCUGCGAAAUUUGGACCACCAGAAAGAUCUCAGUCUUUGGAAUUUUCUGAUAUUGAAAAUACAUUAAUGAAGAAAAGAAAGUCCAUCCAGAAGUCAAUGUCAGAAAGUGAAGCAUUUGAAAUAAAUGAAGAUAUUAUCAUUGGUGAAAGGUUCCAUUUACUACAGGAAACAAGAAUAGAAGAAACAACAUGUCAGGUAAUGACUUAUGAACAAUGGAUUCCACCGCAGAAUCAUACUCUAGGGACAGCCGGUGAUAUGGUUACAGAGUCAGAUGAAAGCAAAGCUGAAACAAUGGGAACUUUAAAGCGUUUGCAAAAAUUAGUUCGAACUAAGAAGGCCAGUGUACAUAGCUUAGAUGACAUCAAGCAUGUUUUGGUGCCCCUUAAUCCAGCACCACAAGAUGUUUUUCUCUCUGAAGAUGAAGAUGAAGCGCCAACAUCGUGUAUGAAACUAACCAAAUCUCAGGACAAAAAAGGUUCAAAAGAGAACACAAGACGAAAGGAAGAAACUGACAACAGAACAGACCUUAUCUCUGCUUCCUUGGGCAGAUCUUAUACUUCCAAGUUGAACAAUGUAGGCAAUAUUUCUAUCCGUUCAGAAACUGAAUAUCAGCUGUGGAGUGAUUGGAAGCCUUUUCCGGAUAACCAACUAUGCCCUUGUGAUUUUUUGAUCACGAAGAUGGAAGAAUGGGAAAAAUGUGCUUGCUGCUCUCAUGAGCCACAUCUUACUGGUUCCCUCACAGAUGUGGAUCUCCCAAGCUCAUGGCGUGCAAGUAGCUUUGGAAACUUUGACCAUCACAGACAUCAUUCAGCAUCGAAACCAGAUGAUUCAUCUGAGCCAUGUGAAGUGGAUACUGUAAGUGAUGGUGGAGAACUGGGACACAGCAAAACACCACAUAAUGGAGGAAGUAUUGGGAAGAAAAUGCGGGCCAUUUCCAUGACCAUGAAGAAAAAAAUGGGGAAAAAAUAUAUCAAGGCCCUUUCGGAAGAUAUGGAUGAAGAAGGUAAAGAAUAUUCUUGUUCUAACAGAGACAAUGACCCUGGUGGAGGAUUACAUACAGAGAAGGUCUCUCUGAAGACUAGUGAUUCUAUGGAUAGCCUUUAUAGUCUUAACAGUGGACAGAGUUCAUCAAGUGGAGUAACAAGUUGCUCAGAUGGAACAAGCAACAGGGACAGUCUGAGGCUUGAUGAUGAAGUCCCUUACACCGGCCCAUUCUGUGGCAAAGCCAAAGUGCACACAGACUUUACGCCAAGUCCUUAUGACACAGACUCUCUCAAGAUCAAGAAAGGAGACAUCAUUGACAUCAUCUGUAAGACUCCAAUGGGCAUGUGGACAGGAUUGCUAAACAACAAAGUGGGAAAUUUCAAAUUCAUUUAUGUGGAUCUUAUUGAAGAAGAGAAUUCCACACCCAGAACUAGAAAGCCACACAAGAGGAGUAAAAGGGCCAAACCAAAUUCCCUGCAAGAACUUCUAGAGCGACUUAAUCUCCAGGACUAUGCUUCAACUCUCUUGCUAAAUGGCUAUGAGACACUGGAAGAUUUGAAAGAUCUAAAAGAGAGUCAUUUAAUUGAACUUAACAUUGAAGAUCCAGAAGACAGAACAAGGUUACUGACUGCUAUUGAGAAUCUGCAGGAUUAUGAAAAUGAACAAGACCAGGAAACGCAGGAAGUGCCACAGACCUCAAGCCCUGACCUCAGCUGUAACAAGUCUCAGCUAAAUGACUGCCCAAGAGACUCAGGUUGUUACAUCUCACCAGAAAAUUCAGAUAACAGCAAAGAAGACCUAGAUACAGAGAACCUAUCAGAGAUGCUGAAGACAGUCACCAUCACGGAAUCAAACUGAAUCAGUUUACUGUUCCUGGCAAAUUAUUAGCACUGAAUCUGGAAUCAUCUGUUAGCAUGAGACUGCAGCAACGGACAUUAAAAUCAAUCUUAAGACUGGACAUGCUAUCUGAUUUCCAACUUUGAGCAGAUUAUACAAACAAGAAUGUGUCUCUCAAACAAUCUCCUGUGCUUUUAAUUGUAAUUUUCCUAAAGACAAAAUAAUCACAUUUUUAUACUUUUUCUAUCAUAUGACUUUGUAAUGGUUUAUAAUUCUAAGAGUAUUCAGCUGUAAAAAGAAACAUUCUGAAUAUUGUAAACAUUGUACAUAUUUUUUUUAUUUUGCAAGGCAAAGACUACGGUACUUACCCUGUCCUUUUAAAAUCUAAUGAUACAUUUCUCUGGAUUUAAAUGUAGCCAGCCAAUUUUUAAUAUGAAUCUUUCUAGACUUCAUUUAAUUACUUCAAUGUGCAGAGUUAACUAUAAUUAUCACUUUAAACCAUUUAUAUUGCCAUAAAGGAAAAUGGAUUAUUAAUACACCUAGAAAUUAGACUAUUUAUCAUCUAUGUGUAUUCUGGAUACUCCAUUUAUGUGCACUCUAAUUCAUGUGCACAUUUUUAUAAAGAAUUCUCUAUUUCCUUUGCCAACACUGUGAAAGGAAGCUUACUCGUCACAAGUGAUUUUCAUAGGUCUCUGCACAAAACCUUUCUGUGUGCAUGGUAUGAAGACAAUAGAAUUAAGACGUAUCUAUUUAUCAGUGAACAGUUAAUUAAAAUUUAUAAAAAUGAGUAUAUAUACUAUUGUUCAUCCCUUUGUGAAUUUUCAUGUUUGAAUGUAUUUAACAAUGGUGGGUUAUUCCCUCACAUUUUUUUCUUAAUACACUUCCCUUAAAAAUAAACCUGUGUCACUAA